AAACUUGCGCAAUGCGUUUUUAUAACAACUUAUUCAACCCGAAUCGGUCCCUCCCUCCCGAAAUUUAAUUCUUGCUUUGGGGUUCAAAUCCGGUCGCAUCCCAGAAACAACAAGUUUACAACUAGAGACAGCUAGAAACUUCACGCCAACAAAGAACAACAAAAAUCUUUGAGUUUGAAAAAGGGAAGAAACUUCUACCUGAGGCUCCUUGAACUACACACUCCCGUCAGGUUGUAAGACUUCUCUUAGUGCAGUCAAGAAGUUUGAAGCUGCUGGUCAUGGGGGACAUCGCGAAAGGGAAGAAGACGUUUGUCCAGAAAUGUUCCCAGUGUCACACAGUGGAAGAAGGGGGACGCCACAAGCAGGGGCCCAACCUGUGGGGUCUGUUUGGGAGGAAAACUGGACAAGCCUCUGGCUACUCCUACACCCAGGCCAACAUUGAUAAAGGUAUCGUAUGGGAUGAGGAAACUCUGGACAUCUACCUUAAAAACCCAAAGAAGUACAUUCCUGGCACCAAGAUGAUCUUCAGUGGGCUAAAAAAGAAAAGGGAAAGACAAGAUAUUAUAGCUUAUCUAAAGGACGCCACGUCCUAAUAUACUUUCAACAUAGAACACACAUACAGCUGUGGACUACACGUAUUACACUGUACAUUUACAGAAAAGGAACCGAGUGUGCUCUUUGUUUUAACUUUGACUUCAUAAUUUACAAUAGUCUUUUUUAAUUUUAUAUGACUACAUUUUGUUGGCAACAUUGCUGCCAAACUGUUUUUGCUUGUAGGAGACUGUUCUUAAUUAUCAUUCCUGCAGCUUUAAGAUUUUCUAUGCACUUCUCAGUCAGAGUUUAUUACAGAGGCAGCCUUUCUCUCGUUUACCAAAAAUGUCACUGCCACUUGCACAGAAACUAUGUAUUUUCGCCACUUUAACUCUUUCUUCUUACUAUGACUGGUUUUUAAGAUUAUUUUUCUACCAUAUUAUGUUCACUACUUGUUCAGUCUGUCUCUGUUUCUAUGUAGUUUUUGCCUGUGUUCACAAAAUGGGUAAAACAUGUUUGAGUUAAAUGGUGCUGAACAGACUACUUUAUUUUCUCUUUUUUUGUUAAGCUACUGGGUGUUAAUGACUUUUAUUGUUAUAAAGUUGCACUUUUAAAAGUGAAUAUGUUUUGUACCCAAACAUUUAUGUUUUUGAUAUGAGAGCAGUAAGGUCAGAUAUAUUUGGCAUUUGCAUUACAACAGCCAUUUUAUAGUUAAAGUGAAAUCCUUAAACCUGGUCUAAAAACAGCCUGUUCUAUAAGCGAUCAUAAUAAGUAUAAUAAGUGUUUACCUUUGAGUUACUGUUUUACUCUGUUAUUACUUUUCUAGACUAUACCUUGACUUUGACUUGAGUAAACAGAUGUGGCAAUAAAUACCUCUUUAGUAAGGUA